UGCUGAAAGUACAAGAGCGGGAAGGGAAACAAAGCGUAGCAGAGGACGAGGAGGAGGUAUGGAAGGAGGGAGGAAGCAGAGUGCAGUAGGAGGGGCCAUGCAGGAGGAGGUAUUGAAUUUUGGCCAAUCAAAAAAAGGUGUCUUGUCUGUUCGUCAUUAGCAUGUGGGACUGUAAAUAGAGCGGGCGCGAAGCGGGCGCCAGUCAUUUUCUGUUUGUUUACACGAGAAGCAGCAUUAUGCCCGAUCCAGCCAAGACCGCGCCCAAGAAGGGAUCAAAGAAAGCCGUGACCAAGACGGCCGGCAAAGGAGGCAAGAAGCGCAGAAAGUCCAGGAAGGAGAGCUACGCCAUCUACGUGUACAAGGUCUUGAAGCAGGUGCACCCUGACACCGGCAUCUCAUCCAAGGCCAUGGGCAUCAUGAACUCCUUCGUGAAUGAUAUUUUUGAGCGCAUCGCCGGUGAGUCUUCUCGUCUGGCUCAUUACAACAAGCGCUCCACUAUCACCUCCAGGGAGAUCCAGACCGCCGUGCGCUUGUUGCUUCCCGGCGAGCUGGCCAAGCACGCCGUGUCCGAGGGUACAAAAGCCGUCACCAAGUACACCAGCUCCAAGUGAAGCGCGUUACCGCCGUCUUCAUCAACCCAACGGCUCUUUUAAGAGCCACCCACUUUCCAUACAAAGAGUAAUUUUCUCUCUUUCGUUUUCUCUCUCGCUGUGUGUGUGUGAGAGAGAGCGGGAGGGGAACUUCUGAAGCGCUGCACUCCCGCGGAUGUUCAGGCUUUUUGGGUAAUUCUAGCAGUCUGCUAAAUGCAGAGAUGAGUAAAUCUAAACAGGGUUGUAGCACGGUUUCGGGGGUUGUAUAAUCUGAGCAAUGCAAAAUGGGACGUUAGCAGCACAAAGUUAUUUGUAUUAAGAUUGUAGCAACAGGAAGUAGUUGAAAAUGGUUUUCUACUAGCACAUAAUCAUUCUACAUCAGGGGUGCCCAAACGUUUUCCUGUGAAGGGCCAAAAAUCAAACUUGAUUGAGGGCUGUGGGCCAAAAGUAAAUGUUGCAUUAUACCAAACUGUAUUAUAUUAAAAUUAAAGUUGCCAUGGUUCUUAUUUAUCAUUUCAUAAUAUUUACAAAUAAAUAAAUUAAUAGAAAACGUUAGUCUGUAUCUGCUUCACUAAUGCAGUUUUAUUUUCAGAGUUCUAUAGUUCAAUGAAACUUAUAGUAUAAUUAAAACAUAGAACCAAUCCCAUUUAUAAUACAUGUUCAAUACCUCAUACAACUAUUCAAGCUAUAAGCAAUACAGCCACAUGUCUGCAAUAUCAGUGACCUCUAAUGAGACACAUGAAGCUGGUCCUUAUUUUUCAAAAGUAUUUCCAAAUUGGGAUGCAGUGGACUUACUGUCAAAGUCAGGAUAUUAUGGUGGUGAGAGUCAGUUACUUUGCAUCUCAGUUUACACUUGUUUAGGUUCAUCAGACUGAAAGUCUGUUCACAGUGGUAGGUACUGCCAAACAGAGACAGCAUCACUUGUGCCUGUUUGCCCAUCUGUACCUGUUUGCUGGGACACAUUUGUAGAAGUCUGUCAAGGGAAGGGACCUGAACUUGUGUUUGAGUUCUGAA